AUGAAUAAAACUUGUGCAAGGUGCGAAAAAACUGUUUAUCCGACGGAGGAAUUAAAAUGUUUAGACAAGGUGUGGCACAAAGGCUGUUUCAAAUGCCAGGAGUGCGGCAUGACCCUCAAUAUGAGGACCUACAAGGGUUAUGGAAAACUGCCGUACUGUGAAGCACACGUGCCCAAAGCUAAGCCGACCACUAUGGCCGAAACGCCAGAACUGAAGCGGAUAGCAGAAAAUACAAAACUACAGAGCAAUGUCAAGUACCACGCUGAUUUCGAGAAGAGUAAGGGGAAAUUUACACAGGUGGCAGAUGACCCAGAAACUCUAAGAAUCAAAGCGAAUACAAAAAUAAUCAGCAAUGUGGCGUACCACGGUGAUCUGGAGAAGAAAGCCCAAAUGGAGAAACAGAGACAAAUCAACGAAAACGGAGAGAUCGUAGACGUAGCGACGAACGAUAACUACCAUCAACAAAUCGAGAAUUACGCUACGGAAAUGUUACCGCCAAACGUUCCGCCACCAAACUUGCCGCCGAAAAACCAUUAUCAAACCCCCGUAGCGCAAAGUCAUCAUCGUCAACCACAGUACCAGCAGGAGUAUCGUCAAGAAGAUUAUUAUCAACAGCCAAAAUACGAGGAAUAUCCAAAAAAUGCCAACUAUCAGAACUAUGGUAGCCAGAAAAUUGGCAGAAUCCAAGAUUAUGACCCACUCAUUGAUGCGCCUAGAGCGCCUUUGAAUGUACAGAGAGCGUCGGCCACUUUGAUUUACUCGAGCGAUGGAAAACGAGGUGCCCAUCAAUCUCAGCAACAGAGCAGUCGGCACAUCGGCCGCGUGACCGAUCUGGACCCGCUCGCAAACGAACAGCCACACAACCAUCGCCUGCCCAGCCAUAACCAGAGAGUGUUUAUCGCCAUGUAUGACUACGAAGCGAAUGACAGUGAUGAGGUGUCAUUCCGCGAAGGCGAUUACAUUUCUAACGUCACAUCUAUCGAUGAGGGAUGGAUGACGGGGCAAGUCUUACGUACUGGACGCACAGGAAUGUUGCCAGCAAAUUACGUCGAGCUCGCCCCUGAACCACAUUACAAC